AUGGAGGGGGCUACCGAAGAGAAAGGCGUCUGCUCUCAUGGUUGUGGUGUCGAUGGAACAGAGGCAUCCUGGCAAGCUUCUCAAGGAGACGAUGGACAGAAAUUUGAUGUUUUCUUAAGUUUUAGAGGGGCUGACACUCGCAAGGGAUUCAUUGGCCAUCUUUAUGAUGCCUUGGUAACAAGGGGCAUCUCUACUUUCAUAGAUAACGUGAAUUUGGAGAAAGGUGAGAGCGUGAAUAACUUGUCUGGGUACAUAGAAAGGUCGAGGAUGUUUGUGGCCAUCAUCUCUAAGGGUUAUGCUGAUUCCAAGUGGUGUUUGAGAGAGAUUACCAAGAUGGUGGAGUACAGGAGGGCGGACCGAAGGAGGCUCAUCAUUCCUGUAUUCUUCGGUGUCGAACCUUCCGAUGUUGGGAAGCAGGAAGGUCUUUUUUUGCCAGCGUUCCAGAAGCAUGAAAAAAAUGAGAAGCUAAAGGAAGAGAUGAGGGACUGGAAGAAUGCUUUGCGUGAGGUUGGAAAGAUAUCGGGGUUCAACCUAAAGGAUGCAAAUGAGCACGAAGCAGAUCUUAUAAAGUGCAUUUUGAAAAGGAUUAUGGAGGAAGUGAACCCUAAAUACCAGCUCAUGUGCGCCUAUCCUACAGAUCUUAAUUCUCGCGUAAAUGAGGUGAUCGAACGGUUGGAUAGGAAAGUUAGAAUGGUUGGGAUUUGUGGGAUAGGCGGCAUCGGGAAGACAACCCUUGCCAAAGCAGUCUACAACAGAUUAUUAAAGCAGCACAAUGAGAACUGUUCCAGCUUCGAGAAGUGCAGCUUCCUUGCAAAUGUCCGCGAAGUAUCAAAGCAGAACAGUGGAAUCGUUCGCUUGCAGGAGUAG